AUGAGCAGAGGAGCCACCCUGCAGCGGAGGACGACCUACCUGAUCUCCCUGACCCUUGUGAAGCUCGAAUCGGUCCAGCAGCUCCAGCAAGGGGAGCAGCAGCAACCGCCACCACCACCACCAGAAGAUGAGAAGGCGAGGGCUGGUGAUGGAGCUCCCCAGCCCGAGGGCAGUGGGGGUAGCCUCCCCUCCAGCCCUUUGGCCUUUCCAUCAGUUGCUGAAUCCUCCGGGUUAAAGAGCCACAGGGAAGCUGAGGAGGCAGCCAAGAUCAAGAGGCAAGAGCGCAUCUUCCACCGGCAGGAUGCGCUCUGGAUUAGCACCAGCAGCGCCAGCACUCCUGACUACCUACUGCAGUUGUCGCCAGGCUGUCCUGAGACGCCUGGCCCAUCCCCAUCCCCGGAUGGCACUGGGCGAGCUGGAUCUCUCUGGACCCCACCCAGCGGCAGUGGCCAAGGCAGCCCUUGGGAUCCAAAUCUUGGAUUCGCAGCCGCAGCCGCCCCAAAGGCCAGAGCUACCAUCAGCUUGGAUGCCCCAGCCGUUAUGCCGAAGUCUGAGGUGCUGGGGACUUCAGUGGCUCCAGUUGUGCCCCCCAAGCCUGACCCACUGGUGCUGCCUGUUGCGCCAGCUGUGCCCCCCAAACCUGAGAUGGCGCUGACUUCCAAAUCCCAGCCAGUGGCCCCCUGUGUGGCUCCGCCUCUGGCUUCUAAACCUGAACCCGUUGUGCCCUUCAAGCUCGAGCCAACUAUGCCCUGUGUAGCCCCAGUUCUACCACCCAAACCUGAACCAGCAAUUCCCUCUAUCGCCCCCACCAUCCCCCCCAAGCCAGAGCCACCUGUGGGCAUCAUCUUUUCAUCCGCUCCUCCCAAACCUGUGAUUGUCGGCCCCUCUCUCUCAUCAGCUGUCCUUCCUAAGCCUGAAGGUACUUUUAUCCCAUCAGCUCCAGCUGUAGCUCCAAAGCCCAAAGCCAUUUUGGUUCCAGUCAUUCCCAGUGUGCCGCCAAAGCCAGAAGUGACUAUAAUCCCCUCCAAGGCUGGGCUGAAGGAAACCUUAGAAGUCCCUGGAGAUGAGCCGCCACUCCCACCCCCAACCACUGCCAGCUGCUCCUCCAGUGCUGCUGCACCUGGACGCCGGAUGUUGGUCAGCCAUGCCAGUUGGGGUGGCCCUGAGCCUGGGACCAUGGAGACGACAGUGGGCCGUGUGGGUGGUUCUUCCUUCUCUCACUCGGGAGCCUCCUCUCCUCACCCUGCUGCUGGAAAUCGCCGCCUUCGCUUGGCCACAAAUAAGCCUUUCAAAACAGUGACCACCACGGGGGCUAAGGUGGGUACAGAGUCAAAGGCCAGCAAGGGGAGCCACAAAGGGGGCACCCCAAAUCGCCUGUCAUGGCCAGAGAGUGAAGUCAAGGGCCGCAUGAAGGUGGCAGUCAAAGGGAGUGGGGAGACUGUCCCCAGAGGAGGGUCCAGGGCAAAACUGUCCCCUCACAAAAACAAAAGCAAGACUCUGGACAACAGUGACCUCAACCAUGGCCCAGCCAGCUUGGCCUCAUCUGGUUCUUGCUCCUCAGAGGCUGCAGUGGGGCUGAAGAGAGGCCGGGAGGGUGGACGGGCCUCUACCCGUGACCGAAAAAUGCUCAAGUUCAUCAGUGGCAUCUUCACCAAGAGCCCAGCUUCCACUCCCACUCACCCCGGGCCUGGCUGGAGUCUGAGCCAUAAAGAGCUGCUUAGUGCUGAGCUGGCCAAGGGAGAAUUACCCAAGGCUGUUGCAAAUAGCCAAGAAUGGACCCUUAGCCGCUCCAUCCCUGAGCUACGCUUGGGUGUCCUUGGGACCAUCAAGAGUGGCAAAUCAGCCCUGGUUCACCGCUACUUGACUGGCUCCUACUUGGGCCUUGAACCUGCAGAAGGGGGGCAGUUCAAGAAGGAGGUGGUGGUGGAUGGACAGAGCCAUCUGCUGCUGAUUCGAGAGGAAGCAGGACCACCAGAUGCUAAGUUUGCAAAUUGGGCAGAUGCAGUCAUCUUUGUCUUCAGUCUGGAGAAUGAGGCCAGCUUCCAAGAGCUGACUCAGUUCUACGGGCUUCUCACCAACUACCGUGCCGUUUCUGACAUGGCUCUUGCCCUGGUGGGCACUCAGGACAAAAUCAGUGCCAGCAAUCCACGUGUGAUUGAAGAUUCCCGAGCCCGGGCUCUAUGUACAGAAAUGCGCCGUUGCCUCUAUUAUGAGACCUGUGCCACUUAUGGGCUGAAUGUUGAUCGGGUCUUCAGUGAAGUUGCCCAGAAGAUUGUGAACAUGAAGAAACAGCAGCAGCUCCUUGCAUCUUGCAAAUCUUUGCCCAGCACACCCAGCCAUUCAGCAGUUUCCACACCGGCGAGUAACGGUGGCCAUACAAGCGACUACUCUUCAUCCCUGCCUUCCACACCCAAUAUCAGCCAUCGGGAGCUGCGCAGUGAGGCUUCAGCUAUAAUUGGCACACCCAGCUCCCUGCAACGUGGGACCAAACGCCGGACCAGCCUGUUCACUAAUCGCAGAGGGAGUGAUACAGAGAAGCGGAGCCUGGAUAGCCGAGGUGACAACACGGGCAGUGGGAGAGCUAUACCCAUCAAACAGAGCUUCUUGCUGAAACGAAGUGGGAAUUCUCUGAACAAGGAGUGGAAGAAAAAGUAUGUCACUCUAUCCAGCAAUGGGCUUCUCUUCUAUCACCCCAGCAUUAAUGAUUAUAUCCAUGGAACCCAUGGGAAAGAAAUGGAUCUACUUCGUACCACUGUCAAGGUACCUGGCAAACGCCCACCCAGAGCCAUCUCUGCCUGUGGUGCCUCCUCAAGUAUCAAUGGCUUGGUGAAAGAUAUGAGCAGCGUUGGAGUUGGGGACAGCAGUACUAGCCCUAGUCCGGGCCUGCUGAAUCCUCCAGUGGACCCGGCAGUCAAGCUCUUAGGCAAACCUGAGCGCUUGCAGCGCUCCGUAUCUUCUUCCAAGGCUGAAGUAUCCAUGGCUGCAGAAGGACUGUCCAGUCCUGGCAGCAGUGGCAAAGACCCCCCUCCAUCUCCUAUGAUCGACAGAAAGAAACACAGGCGGAAGAAGCUCACCACACCAUCAAAGACGGAGGGAUCCACAGGGCAGGCCGAAGCCAAGCGUAAAAUGUGGAAAUUAAAAACCUUUGGUAGUUUAAGAAAUAUUUAUAAAACAGAGGAAGAGAACUUUGAGUUCAUCAUCGUCUCCAGCACAGGGCAGACUUGGCACUUUGAGGCCAACAGCUUCGAGGAGAGAGAUUCCUGGGUCCAAGCGAUCGAGAGCCAGAUCUUGGCUAGCCUGCAGUGUUGUGAAAGUAGCAAGAACAAGGCCCGGAUGGACAGCCAGAGCGAAGCGGUGGCAAUCCAGGCUAUCCGAAAUGCCAAAGGCAACUCCUUGUGCGUGGAUUGUGGGGCACUAAAUCCAACCUGGGCCAGCCUGAACUUGGGGGCGCUGAUCUGCAUUGAAUGUUCUGGCAUCCACCGGAAUCUGGGCACCCACCUGUCUCGUGUGCGCUCCCUUGACUUAGAUGACUGGCCCCUAGAGCUGACACUGGUGCUCACCUCCAUUGGUAAUGAAACAGCCAACAGCGUCUGGGAGAAGUGCACACAGGGACGCCGGAAACCCACCUGUGAGUCAUCACGGGAAGAGCGAGAAUCUUGGAUUCGAGCCAAAUAUGAGCAACGACUAUUCUUGGCACCACUACCCAACUCUGAAUUGUCCCUUGGGUGCCAACUGUUCCAGGCUGUCUUGGACCAAGACCUGGGGGCUGUGCUGCUCUUGCUGGCCCACAGCUCCAAGGAACAGAUCAAUGCUCCAACUGGGGACAAGGACCGGCGCACAGCUCUGCAUGUGGCAUGUGACCUUUCACACGUGGUUAUCACCCAGCUUCUGGUCUGGUAUGGUGCUGACGUGAAGGCCCAUGAUGCUGUGGGGCACACAGCACUCUUCUACGCUCGCCGAGCAGGAAGCCAAGAAUGCAUUGACAUCCUAAUGCAACAUGGUUGCCCAAAUGAAGGCUACAGCACUAUUGCCACCCCAGGCCUGCGCCGGAAAAGCAGCAGUGCCAGCAUGGGAAGGACGGAGGCCCGAACUGCCCUGGUGUAGUAUGCCAGGGGGAGCCUCUUCCCCAUCCCAAUGGUGCCAGCAAGAGUGCAGUGACUGAUGCCUCCUCUCCUUAAGGAGAUGCCACUCCCCUCUGGCAUCUAGACUGUAAUGCCAAGGAGCAUGGAUCAUGACUUCUGUCAUGCACAGGAGGUGGUGGUUACCAUCCAGAGCCCAACUUCAGUGGUUCUGCUUGGCAUAGGCUGCCAUCACCAAGACCACCUCAUUGUCUCACAGCUCUCUCUACUGCCAGGCCUUGAGCUGCUCUGCUGACGUCCUGGGCAACAGCCAUCUCUCCAGACAGGUUAUCAGAGAAGCCUACAGAGAAUUGAGAGCAAUGCAUCCCAGUAUUUGGAGCAAAGAAUUAGGGCCUGGGCUGAUGUUGUCGUCUUCCCAAUGAAGACUUUGGGAAAUGAGAGGGGCGAGUGGGGUUUACGUGGUGUUGGCUCCCCCUUUCUUUCUGGGUUUGUAAGAAGUGUUGAAGGCGGAAUGUAAAUCAGCAUUACUGCAGUGGUUGGUGACUAAACUGAACUAACCGCUUCUAUGGACCCCCAAAAUAUGACAAUAUGGGGGGAGUGUUGAAGGGUCCAAGAGAGUUUGUCAUGACAAUAGCACUGAGGGAUGAAGGUUCAAGAGAGAACCUUUGUGUCACUCACUUGACACAACCCCUCUCCUCCUUGUGUCAGGGUAUUGGGCUUAGUGAAGGCACUCGAGCUGUGGCGCAUUAAAGGGGCUGUAGGUCAGCCUCCUUCAUCUUCUACGAAGGAGUGUGUACAAGAACAGGAAUGAAGAUGCUUGCUCAAGUCCAGCCCAGUGGGAGUAUCCUAAUAUAAAACACAGCAUCCUAACUUCCCCAGGCAGUAAAAACCACCUACUGACUCUUUUGAGCAUUUUCCUUUAUCCAACAGAGAGAACAUAUCUUUAUUUAGCAGACACAGCUCCUAAUGCCUGUUUUGUGAAGCGUUUUAAUUUGAAAUGUCAUGAGGCUGUUGCGGUGGCCACCAGCAUCCCACACCCCAGCCUGUCCAAGUCAGGGGGUGGGGGGCUGUCUGUAUUAGGCCAAGACCAGUUAGCAGCCGUCUCCACCUAUUGCCUUGCCAGACACCCUUAGACUUAGACUCAGGAUCUCCCUGCCAUCACUCGGAAACACCAAGCACACUCCUCCUUCAAGCCGCACUGAAACACAUUCCUUCUGCUAACUUUCCUCAGGUCCGGUGCCUGAUCUUUGCACUGAAAAUAGCUGUAUGUCUUACACUCCUUUGAAGGCCCCAGGGUGCCUCCCUCUUAUAGAUCAUUCAGAGGAGGUAGCAAAAGGUUGAGGCAGCUGGUUCCAGGACCAGAAGGGGGCUCAACUGUGGUGAGGCAAACUCUGGGCAUCUCUGAGGAAUUCAACAAGGCCAUCUUUUAUGGAUGCUGAACAUCCUCCUGACGCUAAAUACUGAGCAGCUGAGGGAGAGUUCUUCCAAAGCAACAUAGAGCCUGGCUGUUAAAAGAAGAGUCUUUUUUUAAAAGAAAGAAAUGAAGGAACAUUUGUAAAAAGCUCCUUUCUUCACUCCUCCCAGUAUUAUCUCCCCUUUCUGACUUUUGUUCUAGUUUACGGCUUCGUUUUGAGAAGGAUCCAAUCCUUCCCACUCUUUCUUCUGUUUCUAGUUUGGCAGCUCUCCUGGUGCAAGUGUUUACAGGCCUCCUCUCCACUGUUGUGGCAGGGGCAUCUGUGUGGUUGUGAUGAGUGAUGUGGUCUCAGGCUUUAUUUCAAAUCUGUGAUCAGGGUAAUGCAAUGAAUCCUCCCUCCCCAAUGUGGACAGAUCUGGGCUGGAGCAGCCGCUACAAUAGCCGGCUCCAUCUCACUGACCUCUGGUCAAAACCAGCCUGAUCUUAUUCCUCUGGCCGCUGGUUUGUACCACUAGAGCUGGACGUGUGGGCAAGGGCACAGCCCAGCCAGGCCACAUCACCUCUUAGACACCUCGGGCUUUCUUGCCCUUCUGAAUCUGAACAAGCUCUUGAAUGUACUGGCGAUUGUGUUGCACGAGGCCCAUGCCCCUUAGCUGUGAGAUGGAACCCAAAAGGCCCGGUGCCAAGAGGAUAGCUGCACCCACGUUGCUGCCGCUUCCACGGUACGACAAGCAGUGCUGGAUUAGCAUAGCAGGCUGUUGGGAGGCCUGCACAUCAUGGCUUCCAAGCACUUUUGAAUCCAGCCUUGGGGGUCAGAAGAAAGGAGGGGGCAUUGGCCCGUCAACACUGAAUGUAAUUUAUGCUUUGGGGGCUGGCAGUUCAGCACAAGUUUGUGGGAGAGCCUCUUGUGC